AUGGAAGCGCAAGUGCCUUUAUCAACGAACAUUCUUGUCAUUGGUGGAGGUCCCGCCGGGUCUUACGCCGCCACCGUUCUCGCGCGAGAGGGGUUCGAGGUUGUCCUCCUUGAGAAGGACGUCUUUCCCCGCUAUCACAUAGGGGAGAGCAUGCUCCCAUCCUGCCGUCCAUUCCUUAGAUUCAUUGACUGUGAAGAGAAGUUGAAAAACCAUGGUUUCACUCUAAAGCCUGGUGCUGCAGUCAAACUCAAUCAGCACAAACGCGAAGGAUACACGGACUUCAUAUCUGCCAAUCCAGAUAACGGGGCAUGGAACGUGGUACGAUCGGAAUUUGACGAUCUCCUCCUCCGUCACGCAGCGGAAAUGGGCGUCCACGUUUACGAGGGCGUCCGGGUUGAGGAGAUCCACUUUGCUUUUAACGAGCCGACUCGCCCUGUUUCACUGACCUGGACCAAAGAUGACAGGACGCAGGGAGAAGUGUCCUUUAAUUGGCUUGUUGACGCUUCUGGAAGGAAUGGAUUAAUGUCCACAAGAUACCUGAAGAAUAGAUCAUUCAACAAGACCCUGAGAAAUGUCGCGGUAUGGGGAUAUUGGACCGGUACCGGAUGUUACGCGCCAGGGACAACUAGGGAGAACGCGCCAUGGUUUGAGGCUUUGACGGAUGAAACGGGUUGGGCUUGGUUCAUUCCCCUUCAUAACGGAACUACCAGCGUUGGGGUUGUUCUCGUCGAGGAAGAGAGCAAACGUAAGAAAGCACAAUACCGAUCAGAAUCGAACGGAAAAUCUUCUUCGGAACUACAGCACGAUUGUUACAUGGCAGAUCUUCAGCGAGCGCCAGGAUUAAUUCAGCUGCUGGGAGAUGCGAAAUUUGAAGGAAAGCUUAUGUCCGCUGGUGACUACAGUUAUCAUGCAUCAGAACAUGCCGGUCCCAACUUCCGUAUCGCCGGGGAUGCGGGAGCUUUCAUUGACCCAUUUUUCUCAUCCGGUAUCCACUUAGCACUUACUGGCGGAUUGUCUGCGGCCAGCACCAUCGCCGCCUCUAUUCGAGGGAACUGUACUGAAGCAGAGGCAUGUGAGUUUCACAGCUCGAAAAUAGGAACGGCUUAUACACGUUUCCUCUUUGUCGUACUCGGCGUCUACAAGCAGAUACGAUCUCAGGAGAUGGCCGUUCUGUACGACGUCGAUGAAGAUAACUUCGAUAGAGCGUUUCAUUUCCUUAGACCCGUUAUUCAAGGAAGCGCGGAUGUCGACGAAAGUCUCACAGAGGCAGAACUUCAGAGCACACUCGAUUUCUGUAGAAACGUGUUCGCACCGACUCAGCCUGAAACGUAUCAGGCUGCUGUUCAGCGGCUUGGUAGUCUGGCGGAUCCAGAUGGGCCACUGCUUGACACAGAUAUGAUUGACAAGCUCACCGGAACUGACUUGGAUGCGAAGCAUGCACUCUGGAAAAUCAAUGCACGGAAGCCGCUACAAUCGAUGUAUGACUGCAAGAGAAAUUUCGGAACUGAAAUCAUUAACGGGUUCUGUGUGAAGAUGGAACAAGGGGCGUUGGGCCUCGUGCGUGCAUAA